AUGAACUCCAUCCAGGCGCGGAGGAUCGGAGAGACGGCGACGAUGGUGCGCCCUGGUCCGCCAAACGACCCGGCCGAAGAGACUGGCAGAAGCAGCGGCUCGCUCCGCCUCGUCCUCCAGCGACACCGACUCCGAAUGCGAGCCUCAGCUGUUCUCACGUAUCCGGUGAUGAGGAACUACACUAGCGUGCGGAAAUUGCUGGAAAAGGCGUCUCCGGAUUGGCUGUUGGAAUUUCUGCAAUUGGGAGGGUUGCGAGUGCUUCUGCAGGCCUUACAGGACCUCGACAGCAACAGGUCCAUCGCCAACGCCCUCUUACAGUUGGAAUGCGUGGGUUGCAUCAGAGCCAUCAUGAAAUCGUCGGCCGGACUUCAAUACAUCGUUAAGCACGGGAAUUCUCUCUACGAAGAGAGCUUCGCUUCGUCCCUCGGGAGUAACAAUACCCUGGUGAAGAAACAGGCGUUCGAGAUCCUGUCUGCCCUCUGCUGGUGCAAUUUCGAAAACCAUUCCGGCCACGACAUGGUGCUGAGAAUCCUUCGUCUCCAUGCCAAGCAACGAGGGGACAGCCAUCGUUUCGCCGUCAUCCUCAGGGAAUUACAACGCCGGGGUCACGGGAACGACGGAGCCUCGUUGGAAUACACGGGGACCGUGUUGGGAUUCGUCAAUUCGCUCAUUCUCCGGGUUCAGGACCUGGACACUCGGCAGGCCCUUCGGACCGAAAUUCUGGGCGCGGGGAUUAUGGAUGCCCUGCCCCUGUCCGAGGCGAAAGAGAGCGAGGAGCUCCAGGUCCAGAUCAAUGCAUUUCAAGAACAUCGAACGAAAGACGAGGAGACCCUCGAAAGCCACGGCGUUUCCCUCGAUCGAUCCCUUCUGGAACUCCUCACCGAUGUCUUCAAUAAGUUGGAGGGGACGCAGAGCGACUUCAAUCUCAAGAUGUUCCUCUUCAAGUUGAUCCGCGUGGAUCAUACAUCGGAGGAUUGCCUGAGAAUGUGGGAAAGAGUUCAUGGGAGUCUGGAGGACGACCGGGAACUUUCCAUGGUACACACGGCCGUACAAGUACCGGAAACCCUCGACGAAGAAGACGAUUCUCGAUGCUGGUCGGCAGUGGUGAGAGAGACGACCAGUAGUGAAAAUUCCGUUCGGAGUAAGGGGACUUCCAAUUCUGCCACUCUUUCCAUGGUCUCUACCAACAGUGACGACAGCUUUCUUUCUGCCUCUCAAUUUCAAGAGGACGUCAUCACUCCUUCCUUCGAGGAGCCAUUUCCCAUUGAAAAAAAGAAGGAAUUGGAAGGGAAGAACACACAAAUCAAUCCGACUCUGAGACAAAGAAAGGAAGAGUCUUCGUUGUGCAAUGGUGAUGUCUGUGAUUCAAGCUCGCUGGCGAGCGGAAGGACCUCAUCAUCUCCGGCAGUGAAUGCUGACGAUGCACGAUCGUCCUCGUCGACUCCAACCUGUGAUACCAUGGACACAGCCCCAACUUCUCAUGAUCCAGGUGUAGAUGCAUCUCCAUUACUACCCGCAUCGGGCGUAGAAGGAUCUGUACCUCCGGCGUCCUCUCCUCCUAUUCCUUCUUCAAGUGAAGGUGAACUUCACCCUCGACCGGCGUCUCCUCCUCCUCGAGGAGGAGAUGCGCUUUCCCCUUCACUACCUCCUUCCGGUGAAGGUGGCCUUCUCCCCUCGUCACUACCAUCUCCUCCAGGUGCAGGUGAAUUACCACCACCAUCCGCUCCAGGUGCAAGUGAACCACCACUACCCCCUCCAGGUGCAGGUGAACUACCAACACCACCUCCCCCAGGUGCAAGUGGACUACCGCCGCCGCCGCCACCGCCACCUCCUCCUCCUCCUCCUUCAGGUGUGGGUGGACAACCACCGCCGCCCCCUCCUCCUCCAGGUACAGGUGGACUACCACCGCCGCCCCCUCCUCCUCCAGGUGCUGGUGGACUACCACCACCACCUCCUCCAGGUGGUCCACCUCCACCCAAUUUUGAUGGGCUCGAUGGACCCGUUGGAUUUCGGAAACCUCCUAAUUUGGAAAGAAGCUUGGAUUUGACUAUCGACAUUCCGCGUCCACAUCAGAAAAUGAAAAUCUUGAAUUGGUCCAAGAUCCAACUUCUAGACCCGAAAAAGAGUCUGAGCGUAAACGUGUGGACAUAUCAGUUCAAAGGAGGUUGGGAACCAAUAAUCGAAGAGCUGAAGAGCGGGAAGCUUCAUCAGCUCCGUUCCGAACACCUUCAGAAGCUUCUGCUCAUUCUCCCCACUGACGAAGAGGCCUUGGCGCUUAGGGACUCCAAGUCGGCUCCGGAGAACCUGGGCUCAGCCGAGAAAUUCCUCCUCUCUUUGCUCGAUGUCCCUUGCAUUUCCUUACGUGUCGAAGCCCUGAUCAAAAGGGAAGACUUUCACGGAGUGAGGGAGUCCAUUAGCCGGGACAUCGAGGUCAUGUUGCAGAUGGGCGAGAAACUCCUUCAUUCUCAGACCUUGCCAAAAUUCCUUGCACUUGUCCUCAAGACGGGCAAUUACUUGAACUCAGGGAGUUAUGCUGGGGGAGCAGCAGGUUUUCGACUCAGCUCCCUUCUCAGAUUGGCCGAGGUUCGAGCCAACGAGCCCAGAGUGACUUUGAUCCAUUAUAUAGUCGAACAGGCCCAGAUUUACAAUCCUAAGCUCUUGGAUUUCGUCGCCGAAUUGGAAGGACUCAAUCUGGCUACCAAGAUCAGCUUGGAGACGAGGGAGGAGGAUCUCAAGGAAUUAUCUUCCGAUAUCGGCAGAUUGAGAGAAAAACUCAUGAACGCCCCGAAGGAUGUUCAGGACCAGUUUUCGGCAUGGGUGGAGGAGGCGGUGAUCCGGGUGGAAGAGUUGGAGAAGGGAUUCGAAAAGGUGAAGAGGAUGCAGGAGAAGAUCAUUAUGCAUUUCGCCGAGGAUGCUCUCAGUUUCAACAUUCAAAGUUACUUCCAAGAUCUGGUCGCCUUCUGCGAGAGAGUAAUCAUCGUUAAAAAGGAAAACGAGGGGGUGAAGAAGCGGGAUGAACGGAAACGGUCCAUUUCCUGCACGAAGCUCCCCGAAUUAACGAUGGGAAAGUCCGGGAACGGGAGGCGAAGGAAGGUGGCUCAGGUUCCAGACGAAAACACCUUGAACCUGAACAACAUCUUAAGGAACAUCAAGCAGGGGGAGUAUAGCCUCCGGCGUGCCAAAUCCGUUCCGCACGAUAUCGAUCUUGUGAAAUCGCUCAAUGAAAUGAAAUAA